AAUUGAAAAAAUUGAAAGAAUUGAAAAUAGAGAGAAACCUAACUCAUAAGAUAGACUAGAAAUCAUCUCCCUAUUCUUUCCCUUUCUUCUACUAGUAUUUGAGAGACAAACCCAGUUUUCAACAAUUAGUGAUUUCUCGUUUUCACUUUUAAAAGAGACAAAGUGUAACAAGUUUUGAGAUUAUGUGUCUUGAGAUAUAUCAAGUCAUUUCAUCAUGUUUUAUAUUGAAUAAAUCAAAAGUUUACCGUUUAUGUAACCCGGGCGGGUUCGAUCACCACUGAAUUGAUAUUAGAAAACUGAACCCUUCCAUUUUAAACAGUCUAAAUAUGUUUGACCGACGACAGCAACAAUCUGUUUGCUUGACCAUUUUUUGUUUCGGAUUGUUCAAUUUGCAGGUUUUUGUCCAUAGCUAGUGAGUAUGAGUAUUAUAUAGCUAGAACAUUUUUUAUUUGUUUUUUUUUUUUUUACUUUCACUACCAGUUUAAUUUGACUCUCCUGAUCGUAGUUGUGGGAUGAAAUCGUGGUCCUUCUUAAAUUUAGAUUAGCGUCAAUCACCACCGAACCAAUCAGCUUUAACAUUUUUUAUAUGUAUAGCCUAUAAACAAUCUGUUGUGUUUGUAUGGGUUGCUGUUUGGUUAUCACGCACGCUGAAGAGUGAAUAUCCCUUCUCUCUCUUUUCCCUUUUUUUGUUUCUUUUCCCUCUCAGCAGCAGUUUGCUAGCUUUUUUAUGCUUCUCUUCCACUUUUCUUUUCCUUUCUUCUUCUGCAUGUACUGUAACUGUACUACUUAAUUAAUGCACGCAGAAACAGCCGAAUUGUAUAGCAGCAUAGCAUAGCAUCUCAGAAUCCAUCCUCUGACACGUACGUAUUGAAAAAAGAGAAAUACCUUUUUCUCACAAAAUUCAAUUAAAUUAAUAUCACGGUCAAAGAUUUAUUCAUUCACCAAAUAAACCCAACCACAACCAAAACCACUUUCAUUCAGAUUUCACAAAAUCGAGUAACGUCUAAACAAUGCUCGAAACGGUUAAAUACUUGAUCGGAUCGGCAGGUCCUAGUGGAUUCGGGUCCAAAUCAACCGCAGAACAAGUCACUGAAAACUGCGGCGAUCUCCGCUCCAUCACCGCCAUAAUCACAGGCGGUACUUCUGGAAUCGGAGCGGAAACGGCGCGUGUUUUGGCAUCGCGUGGUGCUAGGGUGAUUCUUCCAGCGCGUAGCAUAAAAAAUGCGGAAGAAACAAGAGGUAGAAUCGUAACGGAAUUUCCUGAGGCGGAGAUUAUUGUUAUGGCACUCGAUCUCAGUUCUCUCAAUUCUGUUACAAAUUUUGUUACUCGCUUUCACUCCUUCGAUUUUCCUCUCAAUCUCCUCAUAAACAAUGCUGGAAAAUUUGCAGAAAAGCAUGCGAUUUCCGAGGAUGGAGUUGAAAUGACCUUUGCCACUAAUUAUCUAGGUCAUUUUGUGUUAACAAAGUUGUUGAUGAAGAGGAUGGUUGAAACGGCAAAGAGGACAGGAAUAGAAGGGAGGAUAGUGAACGUGUCGUCUGCUAUACACAAUUGGUUUACUGGCGACGUCAUCUCCUAUUUGUCUCUUAUAUGCCGCAACAAAUUAAGCCACAGCCACUAUGAUGCCACACGUGCUUAUGCUCUUUCCAAACUUGCCAAUGUCUUCCACACAAACGAGCUUGCCCGCAGACUCAAGCAAAUGGAUGCCAAUGUGACCGUGAACUGCGUUCAUCCAGGGGUCGUGAGAACCAGACUCACCAGAGAGCGUGAAGGCUUUCUUACAGAUUUAGUUUUCUUUUUGGCUUCCAAGCUCUUAAAGACUAUUCCUCAGGCAGCUGCAACAACAUGCUAUGUAGCAACCCACCCAAGGCUCUUCAAUGUAUCUGGCAAGUACUUUGCUGACUGCAACGAAGCCUCAACUUCCAAAUUAGGAUCCAACUCAACUGAAGCUGCAAGGUUAUGGGCGGUUUCCGAACUCAUGAUUUCUAAGGGUCCAAAAGCUGCUUUUGACUUAAUUAAUCACCUUGAAUUUUGAAGUUUCUUGAGACAAUAUUGCAAUAGAAAAAGAAGAAAAAAAAACCUUCUACUAUAUAGAACUUUAUGGAAAAUAUACAUAUAAUUUCUCUCUAGGUUUUUAAUAGAGCAAUAGAAUGAGAGUUAGCUGUGGCCAGUUAAGUUAGUCUUAUGAACUGGAGUAUAAGUAAAUGUUUCAAUGUAUGAUAUGAUAACUAUAUAUUUUGAUUACUUAAUUAGGGCAAACCUUGGGAGUACUUUAUUGUUAGAUUAUGCUAGUUAGAUUGGAUGCUAUGAUUAAUACAAUGAUUAUGGAGCCUGAAUUAUGUUAACCUUGGAUCUUUUAUAAGUGAAAGUGCCAGGAAAAAUGUAGUUGUACUUAA